UCUUUUAUCUCUUCUUGUUGAUAUAAAUCAGAAACAAAAGAAAAACAAUUAAAAUUUAAAAAUAAAAUCAGAUAUAUAUGAGAGUAGAGUUUUCCCGAUUUUACGGAAGGAGGACGAAGAAUCCAAGUUCAUUACCUUUUCCUCUUCUGAAACCUCGAUUAUUAUUAUAAUAAUAUAUAGAUCGAAAGAAAAAUUAAAAUAAAAAAUCAUCCAGAAAAAAAAAAUAAGUAAAAACAUUUGAAAAUAAGAAGAAAAAAAAAACGGAGUGAAUUAUUGUUUUCAGAAAGGAAGAAGCUUUUUGUUUUUCUUUUUUAUUGUUGCUGUAAGCUGAAGAAGAAUUUGGAGAAUAGGAGUCUAUCAUCAUCAUCAUCAUGAAAGGCCUGUUCAAAUCUAAACCCCGGACACCACCAGAAAUUGUCAGACAAACCCGUGAACUUCUUAUUCUUUUUACGAAUCCAAACAGCACUCUUCGUGAAUCUAAGCGUGAAGAAAAGAUGGCUGAAUUAAGUAAAAAUAUUCGGGAAUUAAAGUGUGUUUUAUAUGGAAAUAGUGAAUCUGAGCCAGUGGCAGAAGCUUGUUCACAGUUAACUCAGGAGUUUUUCAAAGAAGAUACAUUACGACUUGUAAUUAUUUGUCUUCCAAAAUUGAACCUGGAGGCACGCAAAGAUGCCACUCAGGUGGUUGCAAAUUUGCAAAGGCAACAAGUUCAGUCGAAGUUGAUUGCUUCUGAUUACUUGGAUGCAAACAAAGAUCUUAUGGAUGUUUUGUUAUCAGGGUAUGACGACACGGACGUUGCAUUACAUUAUGGUGCGAUGUUGAGGGAAUGUAUACGUCAUCAAUGUGUUGCUAAGUAUGUCUUGGAGUCUGAGCAAAUGAAGAAGUUCUUUGAUUAUAUACAACUUCCGAAUUUUGACAUUGCUUCAGACGCCGCAGCAACAUUUAAGGAGCUUUUGACGAGGCAUAAGUCCACUGUAGCUGAUUUUCUUGCUAAAAACUAUGAUUGGUUUUUUGCGGAGUACAACUUAAAGCUGCUGGAAUCUCCCAAUUACAUCACUAGGCGACAAGCUGUCAAGCUUUUGGGAGACAUGUUACUGGAGCGUACAAACUCUGGUGUUAUGAUGCGGUAUGUGAGCUCCAAGGAUAACUUGAGGAUUUUAAUGAAUCUUCUCAGGGAAUCAAGUAAGAACAUCCAAGUGGAAGCAUUCCAUGUCUUCAAGCUAUUUGCUGCAAACCAAAAUAAGCCUCCAGAAAUUGUUGGUAUAUUUAUAACAAAUCGAAGCAAGCUACUCCGAUUUUUCGGAGACUUUAAACUUGAUAAAGAGGAUGAACAAUUCGAGGCAGACAAAGCUCAAGUUAUAAAAGAAAUUGCCUCCCUAGAACCCCGAGAUUCAUCUUGAAGGAACAACAAUAGCCUCGGCCACGGCCAAUAUACAUUCUUAUAUAGAUUCAUUAAAUUUGUAAAUUUCAGAUCUGUAUUGAAGUAAUCAUUAUUGAUAACUACUAGUAGCUUGUUUCCCGUUAACGACAUUUGGCAGGAACUAUAAUUCAUUGUUUGAGAAAGAUCCAAACAACUUGAGGUCUGCUGUUGCCUACAUUUAUGACAUAUUGUACUGUAUAAUAUUUCAUGGAAGCUCAAUUCAAAUUAAUGUAUCAGUCAUUGUAAAACAAGAGGUAAAAAUUCUAUCAAAUUUUCUUUUUCAUUA